ACCUGUGCCCUGUUGGCUCAAAGUUCAGCUGCGCCCUCACACCGGCAUUCCCAGCUGCUCGCCUCGAGUCCUCCGCCCGACCCAGCGCACGUCUUGCAGCCCGACUUCUAGCCUGUGGAGUCCCGGGUUGGCCCGCGCAAGGGAGAAUUCUCCACAUGUCCUCCAGUCAUGACCAGUUUUAUAUCUCAUCAUCACGAGGAAACCCACGUGGUCACCCUGGGAUGACCUUCAUGGAACUGAAGACCUGUACCACAGGGACUGUGUUAAGUUUUCAUAACAUCUCCUAUCGGGUAAAAGGAAAGAAUGGUUUUCUACUUGGUAAGAAAGCAGUGGAGAAAGAAAUAUUAUCAAAUGUGAGUGGGAUCAUGAGACCUGGCCUCAAUGCCAUUCUGGGACCAGCAGGUUCAGGCAAAUCUUCGUUGUUGAGUGUCUUAGCUGCAAGAAAAAAUCCAGAAAAAUUCUCUGGAGAUGUUUUGAUAAAUGGAGAACCUUAUCCUGCUGAUUUCAAAUGUCAUUCAGGUUAUGUGACACAAGAUGAUGUCAUGAUGGGCACAUUGACUGUGAGAGAAAACCUACACUUUUCAGCAGCUCUUCGGCUUCCAACAACCAUGAUGGAUCAUGAAAAAAAUAAAAAGAUUAAUGAAGUAAUUGAAGAAUUAGGUCUAGAUAAAGUGGCAGAUUCCAAGGUUGGAAACGAACGAAUCCAUGGUGUGUCUAGAGCAGAAAGAAAAAAGACCAGCAUUGCCAUGGAAUUGGUUACUGAUCCUUCCAUCCUGUUCCUGGAUGAGCCCACAAAUGCUUUAGACUCGAGCACAGCACAUGCUGUCCUUUUACUCCUGAAAAGGAUGUCUAAGCAGGGACGAAUGAUCAUCUUCUCCAUUCGUGACCCUCGGUAUUCCAUCUUCAAGAUGUUUGAUAGUCUCACCUUAUUGGCUGCAGGAAAGCUAAUGUUCCACGGUCCUGCACAGAUGGCUGUAGAGCACUUCACAUCAGCAGGUUACAACUGUGGACCCUACAACAACCCUGCAGACUUCUUCCUGGAUGUCAUCAGUGGAGUCUUCACUGCUGUGGAAUCAGACAGAGAGGAGGAAGACAAUGAAUGCGGUAAGACUGAAGAGUUUUCCAUGACAAAUGAGCCACUCAUAAAAAAGUUAGCUGGAUUCUGUGCUAACUCGUCUUUGUACAGAGAUACAAAAGCUGAACUAGAUCAGCUCUUAGAUGGCCAGAACAAGAGGAGCUCAGCCUUCAAGAAGUUCGCCUAUUCCACCUCCAUUUAUCAUCAACUCAGAUGGAUUAGCUGGCGCUCACUGAAAAACUUCCUGGGUGAUCGACAGAUGUGCAUAACUGAGAUCAUUAUCACAACUAUAGCAGGAUUGCUUAUGGGUGUCUUUUUCCUUGGGCUAAAAAAUGAUUGUGCUGAAAUCCAGAGUAGAGUCUGGAUGUUCUAUGUAGUGACAAUUUCCCCCUGUGUUUUCCAAUUUUCUGCAAGACACCUCUUUCUGGGGGAGAAGAAGCUCUUUAUGCAUGAGUAUAUGAAUGGAUACUACAGAGAGUUAUCUUAUUUCCUUGGAAAACUGUUAUGUGAUUUGGUACCCAGGAGGUUGUUGCAAAUUUUUAUCUCUACCUGCAUACUAUACAUCAUGGUAGGAUUGAAACCAGCAGUGGAGGCUUUCUUCAUUAUGAUUCUUACCCUUUUGAUGGUGGCUUUUUCAGUUGAUUCUGUCACACUGACCAUAACUGUAGGUCAGAAGAUGCUGCUGCCUAUAUUAACACUUCUCGUAAAUAGCUACUUUCAGUUUAUGAUGAGAUUUUGGCUUAUGACAGUUGUUUUCCAGAGCAAUGAAUUCCAGCUUUCAUGGCUUCCGUACAUCAGUAUUCCAUAUUAUGGCCUGAUGGCUUUGCAGCACAAUGAAUUUUGGGGACAAAACUUCUGUACAGGACUCAAUGAAACUGGAAGCAGUAGCUGUCCUAACUAUGUAAUAUGUUCUGGUGAAGAAUUCCUGACAAUGGCGGGUAUUGAUCUCUCUGCUUGGGGCUUGUGGAAGAAUCACGUGGUUUUGGCUCUUGUAACAAUUAUUUUCUUCAUAAUGGCCUUCUUAAAAUUAUUAUUCUUUAAGAAACAUUUUUAAAUUCUCCUUUAUAUUACUGUGAAUUACUUUCACAUUACAAAACAUCAUUAUUUACUUCCAGUGUCCAAAAAUUUUCUUUUAUUUUCUGUCACUUGUCAUCACAUUGUUGUUAGCAACAAUUUUUUUUUUAAUGGAACUAUUUAUCAAAAGCAGAGUAAACCGAGUUAUGUGAAGUUUGGGAAGACCCACAAUGAAAAACUAAAUGUAUUAUAGACUUCAUUAAAUCAUGUUGUUAGUCAACAAUCAUGGAGAAGUAAUCUAAUGUGUUAAACUGAAGAAUUAAAAUGGAAUUCCAGAAAACUUUGAAAAAACA